AAGAGAAUUAAUUUGGUCCUUACUAGAAGACAGGGUUUGACAGUUAGUGAGUGAUGGGACUGAAAUUACACAUAACUAACAAACAUAGAGCCCAGAAGACCUUGCAGUUUUGCAUUAUACAUCCCGCCCCGCCCCCUUAAUUAAUCACUUCUCAAAUGAGCAUGGCAUUAAUUAAGCUCUUCAUGUUGCUGUUCUUGAUGAAUUGCACUGCAAAUUCCCACAACACUAGUGAAGAAAACUACUUAAAUUGGGUGAGGCGCAUGAGCUGGCGCAACCACUCCAUUUCAAUGGAGGCCACCAACAGCGUCCAUCCUUGCAAGAUUAUUAAGGUUCACAAGAAUCCCAACAAAGGAGAUUUCACCACUAUCAAGAAUGCCAUUGCUUCCCUCCCACUCUUCAAUCCAUGUCGGGUAGUUAUUUCCGUUGCUCCAGGGACCUAUAGGGAGAAGAUAGAGAUUCCUAUCACAAUGGCUUACCUCACAUUGGAAGGAGCCGGCCGCGGCAAGACCACAAUCCGGUGGGACGACACGGCCGACCACCUCGGCCCCACUGGCCAGCCCCUCGGAACUUACGGCUCCGCCACCUUCGCCGUCAAUGCUCCUCAUUUCGUUGCAAAGAACAUCACAUUUAAGAACAAGGCGGCGGCUCCGGCAGCGGGAGCGGCCGGGAAGCAGGCGGUGGCGCUGCGGAUAUCGGGGGACAUGGCGGCGUUCAUAAACUGCAAAUUCGUGGGGGCGCAAGACACGCUGUACGACCACAAGGGCAGGCACUAUUUCAACAAGUGCCACAUCCAAGGGUCGGUGGACUUCAUAUUCGGGAACGGGCUGUCGCUUUACGAGGGGUGCCAUCUCCACGCCAAGGCGCACACGUACGGCGCCCUAACCGCGCAGAAGAGGGGAAGCAUGCUGGAGGAAACGGGCUUCUCGUUUGUGAAUUGCAAGGUGACCGGGUCGGGCGCGCUCUAUCUGGGGCGGGCAUGGGGCACAUUUUCUCGGGUUGUCUUCGCUUACACCUACAUGGAUAAGAUCAUCAUUCCUAGAGGCUGGAACGACUGGGGCGACAAGGACAGGCAAAUGACGGUGUUCUACGGGCAGUUCAAGUGUUGGGGGCCCGGGGCGGGUUUCGGAGGUAGGGUGAAGUGGGCGAGGGAGCUCACCAAGCAAGAGGCUCAACCAUUUUUAUCACUUACUUUCAUUGAUGGCCAUCAAUGGCUCACCAAUUUAUUAUGACCAUCAUUUUAAUAUUCUACUUGCUUUGUAUUCUUGCUACUGUUUCAUAAUUCAGAUUUCUAUGCACGUGAAUGUGACUGCAUAAAUUUUCACAAUUCUAUUUAGAAUGGAGUAAUAAAUUAGACAACUUUCUACGA